CCAAUUGACGUGAGCGCUGAGCACCUGCUGUACUCGUGGGCCAAUUGGGUGUAUCCGUACAGUUCGGUGUCGCGCAACCGGUUCGACGCGUUCGCAAGUCUCGGCCAAUUCUCCGCAUUUGUCUACCCCUUCGGCCGUCAAGAUCUGCCCAAUAGGUAUGCAAACACAUCAAAAAUAAUUAUCACCAUGUUCAUUUUGGAUGAUCAAUACGAAGAAAGCUGGGGUGACGGCCGGGGCCGGCGCCUAGAUUUAUGCGAAUCAUUUUGGGCCGAAUGGGAAUCAAUGAUUGACAAACUAGAGGAUCCGGUGGCGGCACCGGUACCCAUGACAAACUGGGCGCCCUAUUUGGUGGGCACUUACGCUACUUUAGACGCCGUUGCGAUUGAUUUAGAUCCGAUUCAAAGACGCAGAUUUGUUGACUUAUGGCGGCCGUACGGCGCGGCCAAUGUGGCCGAAACUAUGCUCAUCAAGACUAGGCUACACGAACUGACCAGUAUUCGCAUGCAUACAAUUGGUACGCAACAAUUGAUGAUGCUCAGCGAGUACGUGGAAGGCGUGGGCGGCACCGACAGGCCGGGAAUGACCGCCGCCGAGUGGGCGUCACCCCUAUGGCAGCGAUAUGUGCGCGUGUGUUGCGAACACAUGAUAUGCGUGAACGACAUGUUCUCGUUUGAAAAGGAGUACCGCCAGGAGUGCGGCAAUUUGGCCAACAUGUUCAAUGUGGUGGCGCUCACCACACGACUGGCGCCGGGCUCUACCGUAUCCGACGGUAUGCGACAAAUUGUUGCCCGCAUUCAGGUCUAUGAAUGUUCUAUCAUUAAAAUUUACACCGAGAUUGUGACCGACGGUAGGGAAGGGACCGGUGGUAGGGAUGGUAGAAAUUGUAUGCCGAGUAGCCGUGCGAUGCGUCGAAUGGCUGACCGAAUGUUGUACUUCGUUGGGGGUAACUAUAAAUUUCACACCGUAUGCGACAGAUAUCGACGAUUUUCGGCAAUUAGCGAAUGUUAA